AUGGGUAAACGGAAUCAUUCUAAAUGCGAACCAAACAACAUCAAAGGGAAUGAGCUCUCCUCAGAUGGUCUCCUCAGAUGGGUAGAUGGGUCAAAUGAAUUUCACUUUGAAAAGGAUGAAUUAUUAGAUUUGGGGGAAAGUGAGAUUGUUGAUGAGGAUUGUGAAAUAGAUUCAGCAAUUUCCCCAAAUUUUGUUCCUGAUUACAAUCAUGAAUUGUUUCUAGGUCAUGGUGACAAUACUAACCAUUCUCUUUCUACCAAACAUCUGAAUGGUUUGAACUUUGAGCAAUGGGAACGCUUAGUCCAGAUUUCUUUAGUGGCGAAGAACAAGAUGGGAUUUGUAGAUGGUUCAUGCAAAAAACCAGCAGAUCCACAUAUGGCAAAGCAGUGGGAAAGAUGCAAUAAAAUGGUAAUUUCUUGGCUUCUACAUUCUUGUGAAGAAAACAUUAGUUCCAGUGUUCUUUACUAUAAUUCUGCUGCUGAUAUAUGGAAAGAGUUAAAGAAUAGGUUCUCUCAAUCUAAUGGACCUAAAAUUCUGCAAAUUGAUAAAGAAUUAAAUUCUUUUGAACAAGGAAAUUUGUCUAUUGCUGAGUACUUUACCAAAUUGAAGAGUUUAUGGGACGCAUAUGACAGUCUUGUGAAAAUUCCCAAAUGUUCUUGUGGUCUUUGUACCUAUGAUGUUAAUGGUUUGAAUGGAGCAUAUAAAACUGUUAGAGGCAAUAUUCUUAUGAUUAAACCAGUACCAGAUGUUAAUACUGCUUACAGUAUCUUGAUUCAAGAUGAGACCCAGAGAGAAUUUUCUGAUAAUUCGGUUUCUGAAUUUUUUUUCCCUACAUGA